GAUAUUUUUGAUAUCUAUCAUCAAUGCAUUACCACAGCUCGGGCCAUGGCAGUUACAGUCCCCCUGCGGCCUUCCUCGCCCUACACAUCACUGACUCUUGCACGACACACUCCCGGCGCCCCAGCAACAGCUCUUGCACGCCGCCACAAGCACACUCCCCGCAUUAAUGGAGACCGCUCUGUCCCCCCUCCUCCGCGUGUCGAUUUCACCUCUCCCCAGGCUACCACCGUCCUCUCCGCUCUGGCCGAACUGGAAGCAACAGCCGUCGUCAACGAUGCUUCUGUUUAUGUGAAGAUCGCACCUCCCAUCCACGUUCGUGCUAUCCCAGCAGUUACAGAAGCACAUUCCAUCGCUUCCGCUUUCAAUGUGCUCUCCGGCUCCACUUGUGCCGACGCGGGGACGACCAACACCGGCGAAAUCAUCAAAUUCCAUGUCCGGCUGGUUCACCCUGCCCGUGCCGAGCACGCCCGCAACGAGCCGACCCGACCGCUCGACGAAAUCACCAGCAUAUUCGAGGACGGUCCUCGCCCAGCACUCACGAGCUUGUCGCUGCUUACGGACGAAGGGGCAAUCCUUUUGGUUCAUAAUGGCAAGAUCGCCGCGUACGGACUUGAGAAGAUGCUUGGGGACUCCGACAGGGUGGUCACGAUCCGUCGUGCAUUGAUCUCUCGUGCUUCAGAGACCAAGACGCUUGAGCAGUCGGAUGUCUCCACGUCGAAAUGCACCCUGUCCGCCGCCGAGGGCACACUCGUUGUUUCCACCUCGCACGGACGCAAGGCGCUCAAUCCCAGCGAAGAUGUCACUACUAUUGUCACCUACGAUGGCCUGAUUCGCGAACCUGCCAUCGACUUCCCGAAUAAUGUUCAGGCCGCCGCCGCUCGCGGGUCGAUCGAGAACCCCGAGGGCCACGCCAUUUUCGAGGAGGCCUUCGAGUCUAACCUCCCGCUUCGCCAAGCUCCAGAACGUCAAGUGUGCAAUGGCCGGUCGCACGCUGCGCGUUCGGUUCGACCACCCGCACUGGCGACGAUGGGUAUGAACACGAUCUCAAAGGCGACGGAGAAGGCACUUGAGGUCUUGGGCAAGGAGUUCCCGGAGACGACUGUCAAAGUGCACCCAGAACACCAUGAACUGGGUCAGCAGCACGAUGGCUGCUCUGUCGGAAGGCUCAAUGCCCACGCGGUCAAUAACUUGACUGCUAUCUUCUUGGCAACCGGUCAGGACCCUGCACAGAACGUCGAGAGCUCUAGCUGCAUGAUGCUUGUGGAACCGACGAACAACGGCGAGGACCUGGUUAUAACAAUCUCGAUGCUAUGUAUCGGGGUUGGUACCGUCGGCGGUGGCACCGUCCUCGCCCCUCAGCAAGCCGUCCUCGAGAUCGGUGUGCUCACCAAACGACACGGAACCCUGGCCAGAGCUCCCAACAGCUCAAACUCUAACCAGACCACGGCCGACUACCUGCAGGAUGGCGAUUUUCUUCUCAGCAACCCUGGACUGGCAAUCUUACUGCAGCCUCUUUCUGCAUUUCCACAGAAAGAAAACCGUUUCGGUUCCCUGUCCGCGGUAUUCCAGGCCAAGUUUCGGCUGGUCCGAAAUCGUCUUGUUGCUGAUCAUUGCGCCCCCAUAAAUACGCAACCCAGUCUGCUACUCUCUUCCUACCAUCAAUGUCAUGAUCUCAUGGACGUAUCGCUGUACAAGGACGUCGUCACCUCUCGCGGCUUGAUGUACCACUACUACUUCUCUCUUGCCCAGUUCUCCAUUCAAGCCGGCCUUACUGACAAGGACUACGGCGUGCUCCCCCUGGACAUGCUCGGCUAUGGCGGCACCGACAAGCCCACGGAUCCGGCGGCGCACGUCCCAAACCUGAACUCGUCCUAUCUCUCCUCACCAGAGCCACACGCGAACGAGGCCAUCCAGACACAUGUCGACUCGUUCGUCGGCGUCAUGUUCCCGCACAUCGCGAGAUCUGGAAGGAGCGCCUGCCGCCGACGGGCGCGCUCAAACAGAGCCUAUUCGAAGACUUCACUGCGCCUCGACCAUCUUACUUGUCCAAGGCAAACGCGAAGCGGCUUUGCGGCGCCGACGUGCUGGUUCAAGAUUGCGACGAGCGAGCUGUCUGCCGAGGACGACGAGCAGAUUCCUCCCGGGCGCAAGUUCCCACUUUUCAGGGCGCCAAUCUACUAUGCCGCGGCGAAGAACGACUAUGUCAGUCCUCCAGAGACUGGGCAGGAGGUGCUCAGCGGACAUAGUGUGACGAGGACAGAGUACAACGCGGAUCACUGGCUUAUUCUCUCCCAUGCAGACGAGAUUGCCCGUGAUCCUGAGGAGUAGAUCGAGGGCACCGUUGCCGCGAAAGCCAACUACUACGUGCUGGCCCCUGGCAGUUGGGACAGAGUGCACACUGGCAGCUCAAUUGCGCAGAUCGAGAGAGCACGCUCAGAUAUAAUAUAUCUAAUCAGCUAUCUAAUCGUAGCGCGCAGGGAAUCUGGUAUAUAGAUUGUCGCUUUGCGCACCGUGUUCGUCACUCUCAUAACUGCCUUUUCCUUCGCGUUUGCAAAAGCGUCGGCCUUCCCAGCUGGAUGUGCCGCUGGUGAGUUGCCGUUACCCUGGUGCUCUGUCAUAACCGUAUCCACAGGAAGCUGAGCGUG